CCAUGCUUCAACCACCCCACGCUGCAGUCCAAGGAACUGUGACUCUCUUCAGUAGGCACAGCAAACUCCUUGGCCCCAUAAGAACUACAUUGCUUUUCUAAGAUACGAAUUACGAUUGUAGAAAUCAGUCGGGAAGCUAAGAGAUUGAAAAUGAGUAGCAAGAAAAUAUUGAUAGUUGGUGGCACAGGUUACUUGGGUCAGCAUCUUCUGCAAGAAUUCACGGCAAUCCAAGAUACUCUUCCAUAUGCUCUCUCAUUAGCCUUUACCUACCACACCAAUCCCCCUCCUGAGCGCCUACUGAAAGCCAUUCCUCAUGCCCUACCCUUCCAUGUAGAUUUACGAACCAGCAACGGCUUUGAUGACAUCUCACAAAAUUUUGGGCAGCCUGAUGUUGUGGUUAAUUGUGCUGCACUUUCUGUUCCACGUGCCUGUGAAGUGGAUCCUACUGCUGCCAUGGCUAUUAAUGUGCCUUCUGCUCUUGUUAAGUGGUUGUCAAGUUUUAGCAAUGGCGGUACUCUUCUGAUUCACUUGUCUACUGAUCAAGUCUAUGAAGGGACCAAAUCCUUCUACAAGGAAGAUGAUGAGACCCUUCCUGUGAAUGUUUAUGGAAGAUCAAAGGUAGCAGCAGAGCAAUUUAUAUCUGUAAAUUACUCAAAUUUUGCAAUUUUGAGGAGCAGUAUUAUUUAUGGACCUCAGACUGUCUCCCCUGUACCAAAAUCACUUCCAGUUCAGUGGAUGGAUAGUGUUCUUGCAAAGGGAGAAGCCAUGGAUUUUUUUCAUGAUGAGUUCCGUUGUCCUGUCUAUGUUAAGGAUCUUGUGACCAUCGUCUGGACUCUGACAAGUAGAUGGAUCUCAGAGAAGGAGCCAAUGCAGUUACUUCUGAAUGUGGGUGGACCUGAUCGAGUUUCCAGGGUUCAGAUGGCUGAAGCUGUUGCACAUAUUCGAGGUUAUAAUUUGUCAUUGAUCAAAUCAGUAUCCUCAUCAACUGUUAACCGCGGCGUUAAAUCUCCAGCAGAUAUAUCCAUGGAUAUCACCAGAUUAACUCAGACACUCAAUAUGUCACCAACUUCAUUUAGGGAUGGUGUUAAAUUGACACUUGAAGCUGAAUUUGCUUCUGCAUCAUAGUAGUUUUUGUCUUGCUCUUUGCCAGAAUUCUCUUCUUUGUGUGUAUUCGUUUUGUCAAAUUAUGUUCAUCUUUCAGAAAUAUAAUUUGACUUCACAAUUUAUCAAAA